UAGCAUUGUUUUCAUGAAAAAUAUCAAACCGUUUGUGACAAUCAUCAGCAACGACUACGACGACUCGGAUACCUUUGACAUGGACUCUAUCGGUGCCGAAGACGAGGAACCGGAGACCGUAGGUACAGCUGAAAGUGAACAUCAUCUAAACGAUGUCCAAUGUAACGGUACUUUUACGGAUAAUGAGGGCGAAAUCAAGUCACCCGGCUAUCCGGGUACCUAUCCUAACGAAAUAACCUGCGAAUGGACAGUUACCGUUUCAGGUAACCGAUCGAUAUUGUUGACCAUACGUGAUGUCCAGUUGCGGGCAUUUGAUAAACUCUAUGUACACGACGGCCGUAAUAUUAGAUCCAAACCGUUGGUCUCCUACCGGCGCUAUCAUAGCAACAAAAGUGUUGUGUCGUCCGGUAAUCAAAUCUAUAUACGGUUUGUGGCCGACAAACACUAUUAUACGAAACGCGGUACGGCUUUCCUAUUGAAUUAUAAAGCAGUCAAAUACGGAUGCGAUCUAACAUUGAACGACACUCAGGGCGUUAUCCAUAGUCCCGGCUAUCCGGACGGCUAUUACGACAAUAUGGUGUGCGAGUGGACGGUCAGUGUUGGUACCAAUCAGAACAUUGUCGUCAUGUUUGACGACUUCCAAACGGAACAGGACUCGGAUUUUUUGCACGUACUUUACACGUACAAAAAGUUUAGCGGCAACGGUAUGCCUGCAAACUUUAUAUCCAAUACAAAUCGAUUGAGAUUGAAGUUUACUACCGAUUCGGCCAUCACUGGCCGCGGCUUUAAGAUAUCCUAUAAGGUCAAGGAAUGGGGUACGGACACCAAGUUUCUGAUAGCAGCUCAUAAUGCAAUACUCAAAGCCCAGUUGGCCGGCAUCGAGACCGUAGCCUACAAUGGCGACAAAGUGACGGCUCAGCUGAUGGAUCAUAAUAUCAUGAAUGGUCAGCUGAUCUGGUAUGACGAGUCCAGACAGCGUAUGAUUUGGAAAACGGCGGCCAACGUUACGACUGUCGAGUUUGCCAUCCAUGGCCGACCAAACAGUCUGGCACUGGACUGGAUCCACGACCUGGUCUACUGGUUGGACAUACAAUCUAAGAGUAUACGGGUGUUGAGUCUCGAUGAUGUAGACAUCAUGUAUACGGUAUGUCAGCUAACGGAUGAAAACCCACGGGAUUUGCACAUCAAUGCCAUGACAUCGGUGUUGGUCUGGAGUGAUGUCGGUUGGGAUCCGAAACUAAUGAACACCAAUCUGGACGGCAGUAAUCUAACUGUACUCUACCGUAACCGGCGUCAGGCCUAUCAUUUGACCAUCGAUUACAACAAACAGCGUUACUAUUUCAUUGAUAUCGGCGACCACUCGCUCUACUCGAUUGACUUCACCGGCAAUAACGAGAUAUUCUUCAUGAAAUCGCCAGAGUUUUUCGAUUCGUUGACCUCAAUGGCCGUAUUGAACGGUGACCUGUAUUUGGCCAACGAGUUGAUGUUGUAUAGGAUGCCCGAUAUUGAACUCAGAAUACAUAGUAUUCAGAUAAUGUAUAAGAGUCACCGGUAUAAUGUUAGUGUAGGUCAGUUGCACAGUGCGGUCGACAUCAAUCGGCAACAAAUUAAUGGUUUCAAAAUACUCGACCCGAUUAUGCAGCCAAUAGUACCGAAUAGUUGUGCCGACAGUCAUCAACAGCACGACUGUCCCAACAUAUGUUUGCCAAUCGAUAAACUAAGAUAUCGAUGUCCGGCACCGGACAGUGUCUACAGUUAUAGUGAACUACUAGUGGACAGUAGUAGUGGCGGUGGCCAUGGACUCAGUGUCGAUACGUUGUCCAUAGUUAACACUAUUGCUAUUGUUAUGUUAAUUGUUUCAAACAUUUUUAUGGCUUAUAUUAUUUAUAAUCUUAAAUGGCAACUAAUGAGAAAACAAUUGUUGAAUCAAAGUGACGACAAUAUAAUGAUGACCGGUAUAGACAACAGUGAUAUUGGUAUUACCAAUAUAAGCACCGGUAGUGCCAAUGGCAUCGAUAUAAUGAAGUCCAAUGAAAACCUGUUGGCCAGUGAAUUGAGAUCCGAUAAUUAUAUUUAA